AUGCAACGUACUGCUUCUGGAACAUCGUUGGCCAGUAAUUCCGGUAAAUCAUCAGCAACAACUGUAGAUGAUGGAUCAGAAUUUUUACCAAUAAUUGAUGAUGAAGAAAUUCAACAAGUACAAGAUGCAUUCUCUGAAAUGAUCGAUCAUACAUGUGAAGAUGGUGCAGCUGCUGAGGGAAAUAUUUUCGAACAUACAUUUGUUCCACGUGAUUGGUAUGGAUUUUUCUUUCGUUCUAUUGUACCAAGUUCUGAAUCUGUUAAAAAACAUCUUGAACAUGAAUUACCUCGACAAUUUUUUAAAUAUGAUGGUCGUGAAGGUGUACAAUAUGCUUUUCAAGUUCUUGAUCGUCGUACAAAUGCUUUGACAUAUGAACAAAUGCCAUCCUAUCAUAAACUUGGUAUGCGUUUAUUAUUUAGUGGUCCUGUUCAACGUGAAAUAUUACAUACACAUGCAAUAAAAAAAUUUUUUGCUAAUGAAACAAAACGUAUAGGUAAAGCAUUUGAUGAAUCAAAAUCUCGUAAACAUAUACCAUCAUUUGUUAAAAUGUAUCAAAUUAAUUUAAAUGAAUUACUUCAACCGAAUAUAUCAGAUUAUGGAACAUUUAAUGAAUUUUUUUAUCGAAAAUUAAAAUCAGAUGCAAGACCAAUAGCUAAUAAGAAUGAUCCAAAUACAAUUGUUUCAGCUGCUGAUUGUCGUUUAAUUGUAUUUAAUAAUAUAGAUGAUGCAACACGUAUUUGGAUAAAAGGUCAUCAUUUUUCUCUUCAUCAUUUAUUUGAUGAUGAAAAAAUGGCCGAUGAAUUUCUUGGUGGGUCAAUCGCUGUUUUUCGUUUAGCACCAGUUGAUUAUCAUCGUUUUCAUUCACCAGUACAUGGACAAAUUGGUUCUGAUAUGAAGAAAAUAACUGGAACUUAUUAUACAGUCAAUCCUAUUGCAAUAAAAGAAAAUCUUGAUGUUUUAACACGAAAUCAACGAACAGUAAUUACAAUUGCGAAUGAAUCGUUGGAUAAAAUAGCUUUUGUUGCUAUUGGUGCAUUACUUGUUGGAUCAGUUAAUUUUACUGUUGAAUGUAAGCAAACAAUUGACAAAGGAGAUGAACUUGGUUAUUUUGCUUAUGGUGGUAGUACAAUAGUUGCUGUUUUUAAAGCUGGUAUGGUCAAAUGGGAUGAUGAUUUACAACAUAAUUCCGAUAAUUCUAUGGAAACACUUGUUCGUAUGGGUGAACAUAUUGGUAAACGACGAACCGAUGAAGAACGUCAGGAAUAUCUAGCGAAUAAUCCUAAAACAACAAAGAAAAAUGCAACAGUCGCUGAAUUAUUUAAUCUUGUUCCUCUAGUGAAAAAUGUCAAAUGA